CCAUGCUGCUCUCUAUUUGUGGCUGUUUCUACACGUGUAGUUUGUUUCUGCGUCUGUCAGCCUCGGGUGGCUGUUUCUCUUCGGCCGUGUCCUCGACUGUGUAGGUAUUGCAUGCAAUCCACCUGGGCAUACAGCAUGUACUACUGUACAGCACUCGGAGACUGCGUGCAUCCACCACGUUCGCCGCCAUGCCUGCCACAAGCACCGACAGCGGCUCCCCCUUCACCACAUUGACGGCCGCCUUUCUGUCGUGGAAGGCCGUUCUCCUCGCCAUCGCUGCCGCCGCCAGCCGCGUGGGCCCGGCCUACGACACCUCGGCCAGCCUUCUCGUCCCCCACGGCCAGCCAACCAUCCUGACGCGCCUGUCCUCCUGGGACGCCAUCUACUUCCUCAGGGCCGCCGAAAGAGGCUACUUGUUCGAGCAGGAGUGGGCCUUCUCGUCCGCCUUGCCAAACUGCAUCGCCCUCAUCAUCCGAGCCUUACGGAUCCCUCGGCUCGGCCUGCUCACCACCCCGGACCCCGGCACCCACCUCGAGGCUCUGGUCGCUGUCAUCUUCUCAAACACCUGCCAUCUGCUGUCUGUUAUCGUCCUCUACCGCUUGGGCCUGCACGUCUGGAGGGAUUCCAGGUGGGCACUGGCUGCUGCCCUGCUGCACGUCUUGUCCCCCGCCGGCCUCUUCCUGUCGGCACCCUAUGCCGAGAGCGCCUGCUCCUUGCUCUCCUUCACCGGCUGGCUGCUGCUGGUCAAGAGCUGCCUCAGCACUGGUCCUUCCGUUUCAUCCCUCCCCAGAGAUGCCCUGACCCUGCUCGCCGGCCUCGUCUUUGGCCUCGCCACCUAUUUUCGUACCAAUGCCUUGCUCAACGGCGCCCCGCUGGCCUUUGAUUUCCUCUCGACCUUCUACCAACUGACGGAGGAUCUUGAUCACCGCAAGACUCCCGAUUACCUCCGGAGGCUGCUGGUGCUCGGAAUCGCCGGCCUGCUUGUCGCUGGAGGCACCAUCAUCCCUCAGUAUCUUGCUUACCAGGCCUACUGCUCCACCGCUUCCGCGCCUUCCGAGGCCAGGCCAUGGUGUACCCACCUCGUGCCCAGUAUCUACAACUAUGUCCAGAGGCAAUAUUGGAAUACCGGUUUUCUCCGCUACUGGACGCUGUCCAACGCCCCACUCUUUGCCCUUGCUGCCCCCAUGCUCUUCGUCAUGGGCAAGGGCGGGAAGGAUCUUUUCUUCCAGGGCGCCAUGAUCUCCAGGGCUCACGCGGACGCGCCGGGCCUGGACAGCUCCCGCCUCGUCCUGGUCGUGAGGUCCAUGAUCUUUGCCCAGGUCCUGCUCGUCGUCAUGGCCUUCACGAGCUACCAUGUUCAGAUCAUCACCCGCCUGUCCUCCGGCUAUCCUGCCUGGUACUGGUGGCUGGCGGCCUGCCUCAGGAGCCCCAAGACGAGGGGCAUGGGUAGCGGCCUUGUCGUCUUCAUGAUCAUGUAUGCCUCCAUACAGGCCGUACUGUUUGCUUCCUUCCUGCCUCCAGCUUGAGGCGUCCUGCAUCUCCGCAGUGUUACCCUUUGUCUGGAGCCAUACUAGGCGGCCAAAAGCAAGCGCUUUCUGGUCUGUAGGAUUGUACUCGAGCCGCCAUUGGAUUCCUUGGCUACUUGUCUCGGUUCUGAGAUUCUCACUGCUACGCUGGGACCGUGCUGGUCUCAUCCUGACGCUUUAAACCCAGAUACAAGCUCCUCACCUCAAUAGAUCAACCGAGUGAAGAGCGCGCGAGAAUGUUCGCCCCAAGGCUCAAUAACUGGAAUGAAAUACUUCUAUCUCUAUAACACUACUUUCUCAAUAAUGUGCAUGUAAGACGUUCCAUGUCAAUGCUUCGAAAGUGGCGAAUGCUAUAAGGAAACGCUCCGAGUAACGUGUAUCGUACACUCCAGAAUGUAGGCAUCUCAUCAUUGGACGAUCUGGGAACCUUUCCCCCUUCACCC